CAUGCGAGUCGGGUGAUGUCUGCUCUGCAUGUCCACUUCAGCGAGAUGGUCCCAUCUCUCCAUCGUCCUCAGCUCACAUCAUCUCGACGCACCUCCAUGUCCUCCUCCAACUCGCUGGGUCGGCCUAUUGUUGCUUCUGUCUUUACGUCCCCGGCCAUCCAUCACCUGCGACUCUGACUUCGCCGCGCAGUACAUUAUUCACGCUCCUUGCAUCUCUAAGCGAGCACCAAUCGCUGGCCAGAUCUUCUCCCUUUCGUAGGAAGGCGUUUUGCGCCUUCGGCGACACUAAAAUUGUUCCAGCAACUCCAUCCAUUCAAUUGUGGUUGGGGUCCACUCUGCAGACUGCGCCAUCCACACUCAUAUCCUGAGCUGCGACAAUGUCUCGCACACGAGCAUCUCCGACUCCUUCCAGCAAGCCCAACGGCAUCAAGACCGCACCCACCAAGCCCAAAGCCAGCUCGAAAUUGUCCCAGAGCACUCCAUCUAUCUGGCCACGUCGUCUCGCUCUGAUCAGCACCGCAGUGAUCCUAAUCUACUACGCCGUAAGCUGGCUGGAAAGCAUCAAAUCCAACCAUUACAUCUUCGAUCCGAAGGCUCUUCACGCCAUCACAAGGGAGGUGACCGGCGCGGGACACAACUCCACGAAGGAUGUGUUCGAUGAGAUCUUGAGGAGGCUGCAUGCGGAUGACAAGUUGGCUCCCUAUCUGAAUUCUAGGAGCAUCGAUGUGCCUUCAGAGUGGAUUUUCAACAAUGCAGGAGGAGCGAUGGGAAGCAUGUACAUCAUCCACGCAUCCAUCACCGAGUAUCUCAUCUUCUUUGGCACGCCUAUCGGCACAGAGGGUCAUACAGGCAGGCAUACGGCCGACGACUACUUCCACAUCCUGACUGGCGAGCAGCGAGCAUUCUUUGCUCACGGUGUGGAGGCCGAGAUCUACCGCCCAGGAUCGCAGCAUCAUCUGAGGCGAGGGGAGGUGAAGCAGUACAUGAUGCCCGAGACCGGAUGCUGGGCUUUGGAACUCGCGCAAGGUUGGAUUCCUCCCAUGAUGCCCUUCGGAUUGGCCGACGUGCUCUUUUCCACACUAGACUUUCCGACCUUUGGCUGGACGGCCUGGGUGACCGCAAGGGAGAUGCUUGGCAAUCUGCUCAUCGGCAAGUUCUAAGCUCGCAGAUGCCUGCUCCUCCCAACAGCAACCCAUAGACCUCCGAUCUGAGAGAUCUCGUUUGUCGCUCACAGUCAAGGGCAAUGCUUGGAGUCCUUAGAGGUCUGAUGGUGGGAAAGGGGAUGGGCGUAACGGAGCAGUGAGCAAGGGCGAUGCGGACGAGAUGCGGGCGAGGCGAGACGUGUAGCAUUCGCCUGAGCAGCGAUAAGCAUCACAUGCAGGCCAAAAAUUGUUAAGAGCACAUGUAUCUGGUCGCAGCAAGCAGCACGGGAGGAGGACAUGAUAAUGGAAACGCAGAAAAAUUUCCCCUAGACGGAAGGCGGUCGGGACCUCCUCAAGGAGUGAGAUGUAGGCGAAUUUCUUGCAAGUGUGCUGAGCAUCUGACUGAGCGCGACUGGCGUGCCAGGGCAAAGAGAGAUGCAAGAAGCUCUCAAGCCUUCGAGACAGACUCUCCUUGCAAUUUGAUGAGC